ACGUGAUUUUCACACUCAUUGCACUUUGUGAUUAGUGAGACAUAGCUAACGCACGCCAAAAUUCAUCAAUAUGUUCAAAGCACCAUCUACAAGAAAUGCUAGCAUAGGCGUGCAUGCAUGACUGCGUGAAGUGAAAAAGAAGAAGACACCGUUAGCAGAAGCGCCACCCUCGUAGGUUAGCCCUUUUUUCUGGGCAGAAUAGAUGCCGCAGCAGCUUUCGCUGAUUACGCUGUCACAGCCGACAGAGUUGUGUGCGUGUGGCUUUGUUCCCGUGUGUCACCGUUAGCGCGAGCGAGAGGGAACGCUCGCGGCACCAAACCGCUUAAGCAGUCAGGCUAACGCGCGCCCUCUAUCCGCCGCGAACCGUGGUGCGUGAGCGAAAGAAGAGCGUGCCGUCGCGCUUGGCAGCGAACGGUAGAGAGAGCGAGCAAGCGAGCGAGCGGGCAAAACCGGAGUCAAGAUGGCCGAUCUGGACGCAGUGAAUCUCGGGCUAGACGAAACGGAACGGGAUAUAGCCGAGGCCCUGGAAAAUUCAUAUGACACCCGAUCGGAAGCGUCCGGUGACGGUGACGCCGAUGAGGACGGCGAUGGUGACGCAGACGGGGACGAUGGGGACGGGUCCCAUCCCAGCAUCAGUUCGGUCAGCUCGGCCGAGUCCGACUCGGACAGCGAUAUUGACGAUGAGGGCAAGGGCGGGAAAAAAUCGAACGAUACCAAGGCCGAAGGGGCCACCCAGGAGGCUGGCACCGGAAAAGCUAAACAAUUGGGGAAGAAAAAAGCGAAAAAAACACCCGCGGAUGGAGCAGACGCUGCCACAAGUAAAGAGAAUGACGUCGACGAGGAAAACGAAGAAGACGAAAAUGUGGAUCACGCCGAUGACGAUGAUGACGAUGAUAAUGAAAUGAACGAAGAUGACGAUGAUGAUGCGGAAGAGGAGGAGGAGGAAGAAGAAGACGACGAAGAGGACGAGGACGAUGAUGAGGAGGGAACGCGGGAACGACGCAGCAAACGGGCCAAGAAAGCCAAAAUCACAUCCGAGAAAGCGAGCAACAAGAAAGCAUCAACAGUAAACAGUAAAAAGGCUCCCCUCAAACAGCAGGCCAAGAAGAAGAAACAAGGGACGGCUGCCGCUGUCAAGGACGAUGCGGAAAAAGGCUCAGUUGCUGAAAAGAAGAAAAAGAAAGCACCGGCUGCAAGCGUGGAGGGCAAGAAAGUUGUCGGAAAAAAGAAGGAAGUUAAGAAAGCUUCCGCUACGGCUGGUGGUGCUGCCAGUAAUGGACCGGAGAGCAACACAGCCAACAACAAUAAUAAUAACAGUAACGACACAAGCACUAGCAGUAGUAGCAGUAGCAGCGGAAGCAGUAGCAGCAGCAGUGACGCCGGUAGCAAAAAGGACGAUCCGAAAUCUCGCAGCCGAAGCCCGGCCACCGGUGCGCCGGAAGCGAAGCGUAGCCGAACGAAAGCAUCAGCCGGUACGAAGAACACGGUCAAAUCGUACGACUACGUGACGAAGAUCAACUAUCUGUUCCGGGAGGCGCGCUUUUUUCUGAUAAAAUCGAACAACCACGAUAACGUGGCACUCUCGAAGUCGAAGGGCGUGUGGUCAACGUUGCCACCGAACGAAGCGAACCUAAACCAGGCGUUCCGCGAGAGCCGUAACGUGAUCCUGUUGUACUCGGUGAAGGAGAGCGGUAAAUUUGCUGGCUUCGCGCGCAUGGGUGCGGAAGCUAGGCGGGAUUUGCCCGCCGUCGAUUGGGUGCUACCACCGGGCAUGUCCGCGAAAGCACUCGGCGGGGUAAUCAAAAUCGAUUGGGUGUGCAAGAAGGAGCUACCGUUCACCAGCACCACGCACCUGUACAACGCUUGGAACGAUGACAAACCCGUCAAGAUCGGUCGCGACGGGCAGGAGAUCGAGCCGAAGGUGGCGGAGGAGCUAUGCCGCUUGUUCACCGAGGACACCAGCAUCGACAUGACGCCGAUAUUGAAGAAAUCCAAGGAAGCCUCGAAGCUGAUGAAGGAAAAGGUCGCCUCGAAGUCGUUCCGUCGGCCACCGAACUUUGCGCGCCCCACAUCGUCGUCUCUGCGGAGUCGCAGCAGUGGCGGUAGUUCCGGUGGUGGUAUUGGACCGAUACGUCGUGGCGGAAGGCGCAUGUAUCCCGGAAGCAAAGGGGGCGGCGGCGGUGGCGGACGUGACGGUAGCAGCAGCGGAAGUCGCUCGCAUGGUGGAAGCUCCAUGUUUGCUCCCUAUCGCAAGGAUCAUCGGCAUGGGGGCGGUGGUGGCGGUGGUAGUCGGCACGGUGGCCACGGUGGAAGCAUGGGUGGACCGCGGAUGGGAAUAGGCCUUGGCGGUAACGGAGGUGAUGGUGGUGACCGUGGUGGUGGUGGUCUUUCGCGAGCCGCCGUCCUCGGUUCGUUGCAUCAUCCGGCUCAUCAUCAUCGGUGGGCGGAUGGAUACAGUUCGACGGCGGCCGCGGAAGCGUAUGUGGCCGAUUAUAUGCGGAAUAUGCAGAACCAGUUGCCACCGAUGCCGUAUGCGCCUCCACCCGGUUUCCCCGGCAUGCCGAUGCCGUACGAUAAUCUUCCGCCACCACCGCGCUACUACGAGGGCCUACCGAUACCGGAGUAUCCGUUGCCACCCGGUUCCAUUCCGGGUAGUGUAACGGGGGCGGGUGGGAUGCCUCCACCUCGCAGCCAUGCAGCUGCAGCAGCGGCAGCGGCUGCCAUGUACGACAAACGCGCGUACGAACAGUCGAUGGAGGAGUUUAUGUGGAAGUCUGCCAACAGUAUGAGUGCGGGUGGUGGUGGUGGUAGCAGUGGCAGUGGAGCUGGCGGUGCCGGUGGUGCCGGUGGAAGCCAGGGUGGUGGGUUGGGUAGCGCCGUAGGUGGUCUGGUUGGAGGUGGACUGCCAACGCUUAAAGGACCGCCACCUGCAUUGCCGAACCACGGUUACCACGUGCCACCGCCAAUGAUUCCGCCCAUGCAUCACCAUCACAUGCACCGGAAGAACGAUCGUGGUGAUGGUGGAAAUUCUUCGGAUCGUGGCCAGCAGCGUGGUGGCGAUCGGGAUCGCUCGAAUCAUCGUAGCGAUCGCAACCAGCAUCGUGGUGGCGUUGGAGGUGGCGGUGGUGGCGGUCGUGGGUAUAACAAUCGCGAUAGACGAUGAUUCGAAGCUCCUGCCUACCACCAGUAUUCUGCAACCGAUCGGCGACGUUACUAGUAGGGAUGGAAAAGCGAGCCGCGCCUUUCGCUUCCCGUUUGCUGCCGUUUUUGCGGAAGGACGUCGGACGAAUUUAUCC